GCAUAAGGAGGAGGGACCCGAAGCGAGCAAGCAGGGACAGAAUCAGGUCUUCCUCUGUGACGGUGAGCUGCGCGCGCUGCUUUCGUUGUCUAGCGACCUCGCGUGCUGUAUCGUCGAGGCCCCAGCGGUUUCAAGACUCGCGAGGGCCAGACCUGCACGCGCCUACGUUUUCGCGGCUUUUCGGCUUGGUUGCCGGUGGCGGCGAUAGUAAGCAGCAGCAGCUCCGGGACUGCGAUGUCGGCCUCUGGGACUGCAACGGCCUCUGCUCCGGCGGAAGCUGGCGGAGGCGGCGUCGCCGGGGACAAGCAACGCUCCUCCUCCUCCGCUCCUCUCAACGUGGAAGGUAUCGACUUGCUAGAGAAAUGCGGCGUGUGCCGAGAGCGGCUCCGCUCCGAGCGCGAUCCGCGGCUCCUUCCUUGCCUCCACACCGUCUGCAAGGAGUGCAUCAAAGUCGAACCUGUCUCGGCCGGCAACAACAAGGAUGGGCAAGUGGUUGAUUGUCCAGUUUGCAAGCAUCAAUGUUAUCUUAAAGACAUUGUGGAGAACUACUUUUUGAGGGAUGGUGACACGGAAGCUCUUGGUGAUCCUAGGGAUGCUAAUCAGUGUUGCACUAGUUGUGAAGAUAAUGCCCCUGCCACCAGCUUUUGUGUGGAGUGCCAAGAGCCUCUGUGUGAGACAUGUGUGGAGGCCCAUCAGAGAGUGAAGUACACUAAGGACCAUACAGUCCGAUCCACAGGCUCCUCCAAAUCGCAGGCAAGGGAGAAGACUAUCUACUGCUCCGUCCAUAAACACGAGCCUCUCGUUCUGUUCUGUGACACCUGUGACACCCUGACAUGCCGGGACUGUCAGCUGAAUGCUCACAAAGAUCACCAGUACCAGUUCUUGGAGGAUGCAGUCAAGAAUCAGCGCAAGAUGUUGGCUUCAUUGGUCAAGCGCCUUGGGGAUAAAAAUGCCAAUCUCCAAAAAUCAACCAAGGAAGUGCGCACCUCGAUCCGGCAGGUGGCAGAUGUGCAGAAACGUGUGCAGGUAGACGUGAAGAUGUCUAUCCUGCAAAUUAUGAAGGAGCUCAAUAAACGUGCUAAGGUGCUGGUUAGUGAUGCACAGAAAGUCACUGAGGGUCAACAAGAGAAACUGGAGAGGCAGCAUUGGGCUAUGACUAAGCUGCAACGUCACCAAGAACAUAUCCUGCGCUUUGCUAAUUGGGCCUUGGAGAGUGACAAUAACACUGCAUUGCUGCUUUCAAAGAAAUUGAUUUAUUUUCAGCUGCACAGGGCUCUGAAGAUGAUUGUGGAUCCCGUGGAACCUCAUGGAGAAAUGAAAUUCCAGUGGGACUUAAAUGCCUGGAUCAAGAGUGCAGAGACAUUUGGUCAGAUAGUCUCAGAACGGAGUGGUUUGCCGGUCACUGCUAAUGCCCAAACACCCCAACAACGGACUAAUGCUGCUUCUGCUGCAUCGGGAGUGGCAGUCAGACAAGGUUCUGUCCCGCCUUCUCAGGGUGUCCAACAGAUGUCUCUGCAGACAAGCAUAAUGAAUAAGGGAGCUUUGCUUCAGCCUGUGCUGCCUUCCAACAGCCAGCGGCAGGCCAUCCCCGACUGCUAUAUCAAUGAUGCCAGUGCCUCUUCUGCUGGACAGCCAAUGGACAUGGGUGAUGGUUUUGGUGUAGAAGGAUCGUAUUCUGGUGAAGUGUCUGGAAUGAAAAGAGCCCGUGUCCAGGAUGGAGAAACUGGUCUUGUGCGGAAAGUGCCCCGGGUUAGUCUGGAGAGGCUGGAUGUGGACUUGACAUCAGAUAACCAACCACCUGUCUUCAAAGUCUUUCCGGGCAAUUCCCGUGAAGAUUACAAUCUCAUUGUGAUUGAACAAGGAGGUCAGCAAGCUGCUACCCAACAAGCAGGGCUACCAACUGCAGGUGCUGCAGUGAAGGAGGAGCAGAUGGAGGCAGCUAUCGAGCAUCCUGCUUCUGCUGCAGAUACUAAAGACACGAAGCCAGUUGUCUUGCACCAGGAUGCCCUCCUUCCAGAAGGUUCUGCAGCCCCCCGACUGAUCUCCCCCAGUGGCAGCACCAGCUCUGCAAUGGAAAUACAGUCCGUUCACAGCCAUGAUGGCACAGCUAAUGGGGAGGAAAAUGCUUGCUGUAGGAUCUGCAUGAAAGCUGGUGCUGUGGUCAUGUGUGAUACCUGCAAAAAGUGCUACCACCUGGAUUGUCAUCUGCCUGCCCUUCAGGAAGUCCCUGGCCAGGAUUGGAAAUGUCUACUAUGUGCUGAUCCAGUAAUAGCCAUUGGAGAAGAUGGGACUGACUUGGCUGCAAUCUUCAAAGACGGAGAACCAAAAAUGUUGUCAAAUGUUGAUCAAAAGAGAUGUGAACGAGUUCUCCUUGAGCUACUUUGUUCUGAACCAUGCAGACCUCUUCACCGGCUUUCCAACACUCCAGAGGGGCAGAACACAAUUGACUUGACUUUGAUUAGAGCAAAGCUACAGCGGAAGUUGUCACCACCCUACACAUCUCCUGAUGAUUUUGCAGAUGAUGUUUGGAAGAUGUUUAGGCAGUUUAACAAGUUGACUGAGGAUAAGGAGGAUGUUCAGUCCAUCAUUGUUCUGCAACGCUUCUUUGAAGCCAAACUGAGUGCUUCCUUUGGUGACCGGAAAUUUUCAGCGCUGCGUGAACCAAUCAACAUUGAUGAGCCACAAAAAGAAAACACUCUUUCUUCCCAUGUUUCCCCGGUCACUGAUCCGGGUGAGGCUAUGUCUUCUAAGGCUGAUAGUAGCAGUGGGGAUGAGGGAAUGGCAAUCUAAAAGUUUUACUUCUUGUUUCAAUGGACCACAUUCCAUGGAGACAAAAUGAGGGAGCUGCCAACUUUAACCUACUCUCAUUCAACCCCCUCCACUCUUCUGGUCCCCCUUUGUCCGCUUCUUCUGCACCUCUCUGCUUUUAUUGGAGAGUUAUUGUAGAUUUUGACUGCUUAGAUCAGUGUUUUUCAACCGUGGCAACUUCCCAGCUAGCAUGGUACUGGGGAACUAUGGAUGUUGAAGUCUACACAUCUGAGGUUGAGAAAUACUGGCUUAGAUAAUGUUAUAAAUGGUCUGAACAGUUUUUUUCUUGAUAAAUUUUAUCUCUUGUUCUCGCAGAGAUACUUGAUGGUUUUCUUUUUUGUAUUGAAAGGAUAAUUAAUCUGAGUUAAUCUAGAAACCUUAUAUAUAUCAUGUUCUCCAGUUGGAUUUUUUUUAUACAAGUUCUAAUGGGAACAGUAUAGAGGUUCCCUUUAUUAUAAACACUUCUUUCCCAAAUUUUCAUCAAGGAAAAAAACUGGUGUUGAAUAUCUCCAUUUUAAGUUGCUUCUCCCUAAAAUGAUUACUUAGAUAAUGGUUAUACAGAUUUGAACGUCUUCUCUGUUUUUUAUUUGACAGAUUUUAUGCCCUUGUACUUAACUGAUUUUUUUGUUUUGAUAUGGUAAUAACAGUUAAUAAAAUUGAGCUAAUUAUGCUCUCCAAUUUGACUCCUUUUUUACUCCUAGUGGGAACAAUAUAGAGAUUCAUUUUUUAAAACCACUGAGGAAGAAGCUGUUAUUGAAUCCCCCAGUAAGGAAUCACUGUCCCUUCAAAUAUACUGGACUACUCUUGGUGAGUUUUUUAGACAUAAAUUGUUUUGAGAAUCAAGAUCAGUUUUAACAUCUGUUUCAUCUGUUUCAUAAGAAGAUAAAGAGCAUCAUGUUUUGGCAUAACUUGUGAACUUCUUCCUAAUCCUGAUACCAGCCUAGAUGAACAGCUGACAAAAGCAACAGUCGGCCUCCAUGACAGCUUUCUUCUCAAGUGGUGAUUGCUUUCUCUGAAAAUGCUCCUGUAUCCAAAUGGGACUUUUGGUUUUGGUUCUGUUUGCUCAAGAGAAGAGGAGUCGCAUCUGUUUCUGUAGGUCAGGGUAGUUGUAGAUUUUUAAGCCCACAUGUUCUUUCUGUGUAGCUGUCCUUUCUGGUUUUAUGUUUCUUCAGAAACUUCUGGCCCAGUAGUUUUAUUCUUUAUUAUCCCAAGUUUUAUGGAGAUGUGCUUUUUUUUGCUUAUGUAUAGACUUGGCUUCUUUCAUGUUCAAAAAAUAAACGAUGUUUGCAACUUC